AUGCAGCGCAGCAUUUUAGAAUCUAAAACCAACCAGAACCUCUCAGUAGGCCAUUUCCCCUCUGAGGCCGGCCCUGACUGUGAGGGUAUCAUACCCUGUGAAGACUUGACCUCUGAGGGUCCAUCCUCCCUCCCUCCUGUCCAAGGGGCAUGUGGAACCAGCAGUGUAAGGGGACCCAUGGGCAGAAGAAAUAGAAUUAAGGACAAGCCAGAAGACCUUGGUGAAAAAGCCAUCAUGGAGAUCAUGUAUGCCUAUCUGAACUGCCUCCAUGAAGACUCAGUAGCUAACUGGUCUCAAAGUGACUACUACCAGAGGAUGGACAAGCACCAACAGGAGACGAUCACCCAGUCAUUCUGUGAGCUGGAGGAUAAAAAGAAAAAUAUUAAGGAGUUUCUGGACAACCCCGAAUAUGAUGAAGAAGAUGACAUUGUGCUCCCUCCGUCUCCACAGGAGGAGAAUGUAGGUGAAUCUGUGCUCCCUAAUUUUUCUCAGCAGGAGGAUGUCCAGCCAAAGAAUGUCGAAGAUGACGACACUGUGCACCCUGAUUCGCCUCCAGAGGAGGAUGUAGCUUACUCUGUACCCCCUGAGUCUUCUCAGAAGGAGGAUGUAGACAACUCUGUGCCCACUGAGUCUCCUCAAGAGGAGGAGGAUGUCCAGCCAUCCAGAAGUGUCUCUUCCCAUAUGGAUCAGGUCAGUCCUGAAGAGCAGGAGGCUUGUCGGGACUUGCCCAAGUGUCAAGGAGCAGAAAAUGGAGAUAUCAAGCAGUUCCUAGAAAUGCCUCCUGGGCUUGAGGAGGAUGAAAUUGUUGAGUUGGAAAGCCAGGAGCCUGGCACUGCAAAGAGCUCUCCAGUCUCAGCAUUGCAGUCAGAGGAGCGGGAUAUGCCUUCAGACAAAGAAGGCACUUCCUGUAUGAACUUCCGGGGCCUCUUUCACUGGCUCAGGAAGCGAUUGGUGUCCUCCCUGCCAGGGAGAAAGCGCCGUGAGAAGGCCAAGAAGGUCUCAUCCUGCUGGCGCUAA